AUGAGAAAGAUGGACUCUAGUGGUUUAUUUGACUCGUCUGUUAGAAUCAAAAAGGAACCAAUUGAAACAUGGCCCAUCGAAAAUGACUACAAUAUAAUUGACAAGUCGCCCAAGGUCAAAUUUUCACAUUCGACACUUCAAUGUAACGAAAAUCAAGAAAGUAAACUCGACGACGUUAAGAUCGAGUUUGAAUGUAAAGACAUGAAGGUUGACAUGGAUUUAUUAGCAAUUACGAAAAUUGAAAAUUUGUCUGAAAAUUCAGCUAUGAAAAUUAAUAACGACUAUCAAUCUGUGAGCAGAGUGAAAAAAGAAAUGAACUUGAGUACUAAUUGUGAGCUGAACGAGAAAAAGGAAAAAGUUACAAAAAAGUUCAACCAUAAGCAGAAACUCAAAAACCACAUCGUUGCGAUGCAUAAUGGUAUCAAACCUUCAUGUAAUAUAUGUGGAAAGAUAUUUACCAAACGCUGUAAUCUCAAAAUCCACAUCGAUUCCAUACACAAUCGUGUCAGACAUGCAUGUGAUAUUUGUGGAAAGUCUUUUGCUCGACAAGUGCCUCUCAAAAUUCACAUAAUAAAAUUACACAUGCAUGCGAUGUAUGCCAAAAGACAUUCACAACAAAGUAUAGUCUCAAAACCCACAUCGAUGAGGUGCAUAAUAAAAUUACACAUGCAUGCGAUGUAUGCCAAAAAAAAUUCACAAGAAAAGAUAGUCUCAAGAAUCACAUCGAUGAGGUGCAUAAUAAUGUUACCUACGCAUGUAAAAUAUGCGAAAAGAAAUACUCAACUAAGAAUAAUCUCAAAAUCCACAUCGAUUCAAUACAUAAUGGUGUCAGACAUGCAUGCGAUACAUGCGGUAAAAAGUUUUCGUGGAAGAUUGAACUAAAAAAUCACAUCGAUAAGGCUCACCGUGGUAUCGCACAUACGUGUAAUAUAUGCAAGAAGACAUUCAAGCAAAAAUGUUAUCUCAAAAUCCACACCGAUUGGGUACAUAAUGGUGUCACACAUGCAUGUAAUACAUGCGGUAAAAAGUUUUCGUGGAAGAUUGAACUAAAAAAACAUAUCGAUUCGGAGCAUCAUGAAAUCAUAUAUGCAUGCAAUAUGUGCCAAAAGACUUUCAUCCAAAAGUGUACUCUCAAAUCUCACGUCGAUUCGGUUCAUAGUAAAAUCACACAUGCUUGUGAUACGUGUGGAAUGACAUUCAUUUAUAAGGUCUCAUUCAAAAGGCACAUAAAGUCUGUGCAUAAUAAAACUACUUACUCUUGUGAUAAGUGCGGAAAAGUAUUUGGACAGAAAAAAAAUCUCAAAGCCCACGUCGAUGUGGCGCAUCAGUCGGUAGCUUAAUGUAAAUGUAUAAAAUGUAUAUUUUUAAUUGUGUCAAAAAUGUGCGAUGUUUAUCUGUACGAUCUAGUGUAUAUGUUGUCGGAAGACUAAUUGAAAAAUCUCGACAAGAAAAUUUUCGUUUGAAAGUAAUUCCGGUAAACUUAAAAUUUGUGCAGGAACUAGACUCGAAGAUGAUUUAGAUGCGCAAAUCUUACGUUGCCAAUUGAACGCGCGGAAGAUACUCGGACUUGCUGUUUCUCGCAACGGCAUCGAAUAUAUGUCGAUUCAGCGCACAGAUAGCCGCGGCAAUAGCGCAAGGAACAACAGAGCCUACACUCAUACUUUUACUUUCGAUUGCACCGGUCUGUCGAAAGAAACCGAUACACUGCUUGGCGAAACUUACGUGUGGUGGCAGCAGUCUUAGCUGCGUGUGUGUGUGCCUGUGUACACGUUAUGCUUUCACUGCAUAGCUCUUAUCGGCUUCGUGCAUAUGUACAUACGGACUGUAUCGCGUUAAUCGUAGUACAGAGUUAAUUCAUUGGCAACUAAUUACGUAUAAUUCUAUAGUAUAAGUAGACACGAAAAAUUUGAAUAUCAAUCAAAUUUUCAAGUAUUUAUGUAAUUCUUUUAU